CUGGUCAGCCGUCGAGGCACAAUUAUCCCUUGGAAGUGGUGAUUGAGUGAAGACAGGAAUUUACCAACGUCUUUUGGCAGUCUCUGAGCAUCACUAGCCCAUCAUGGCAUAUCCGAAUGCAGCGGCCGUAUGGAAUCCGGCGCUGAGGUCGAAUGAUGAAGAUGUCCCUCCCGUGACGACUCCCACCACUGAACUCGAGAUCAACACCGCCAUCGAAGCCACUACAAUACCUCUCGGCUCACCAAUGGAAACCCCUCAUGAUGUGUCAUUCGGCGACGUACUUUCUUCGUCAUCUGAUUAUGCCAACGGCACCCAUGAAACGGCAGCGCCAGAUGUGAACGUCCCUGAACCUUCCGCGAAUCACGACCAAGAGCCAGCCGAGCCAAUUUUCGUCGCAGAGCCACAUGCUUCCGGUACACAAGAUGAGCCGCUCAUGACAAACGACGAUGUUAUCGAACCAUUGGAAGAGUCGCUUCAUACAACCGGAGACACAAGCAGAAAGCCUAUUGGAGGCGAUGUAGCGGACGCUCAGCAGGUAUCGAAUGGUGGAGAUGAGACGCAAACGCCUGCGGAAAGCAUUGAGCCCGCGGAGGAGUCAGGCAACAUCACUCCCACCGGCCCCACCGGUACAUUUCGUGGCGAUGAGCUACCACAACCCAAUGGAGAGAUCCAAAGCAGCCACGAUCUAUGGGGAAGCCCCGCGCAAGAGGAGCCUGAGGGCGACGACUUCUUCCAUCAGCUCAAAACGCAGACGAAGCCCAUAUACUUCUCGCCCGAAACGGAAACUAGGUUUGAGGAAGGCGUUCCCUUACUGAACAGGGGCAUUGAUUCUAUGAUUGAGCCUUCGGAGACUGUCGAAAGUCGCAUCAACAACGUCUUCAAGGGCGACGAGGACGAAGAUGACGGGUUUUUCAAGGCUGUGCAGGACUCAACCUCUCAGCAGAGCCCCGAACCUCAUAUCACUCGCAAGAGCACGUCUCAAGUGUUGGGUUCAUUAGGUCUAUCAGAAGACUCAACAGCCAACGCGGAAGAGCCGAGCAAGCGGGAUUCGGACAGUGCUUUGGCUGCAGCAGGCUCACAAAACUCUCCAACUAACGCGUUUGAUCAAAGCGAGCAGGAUUCGGAGAGCGCUCUGGCAGCAACAGGCUCACAUUUUCCGGUCGACACUGCCGACGUAGACGAACAGGAGUUUGAGAGCGCCCUGGCUGCAGCAGGCUCACAGUUCCCGGUCGAUACUGCCGACGUAGACGAACAGGAGUUUGACAGCGCCCUGGCUGCAGCAGGCUCACGGGUCCCGGCCAAUGAUCCCGAUUCCAGCGAGAAAGAGCUUCAGAGCGCUUCGGCUACAACACAUUCCGAAAUCCUGGUCGGUGCUGUUGAUCCGAGUGAGCAGGAAUUCGAGAGUGCUUUGGCUGCCGCAGGUGCACAGGACGGUAUGAAGACAAGCUCCUCGGACGAUGACCUGGCUGCGCGUUGGCAGGCUGAGCUCGACGAUGAUCACGCCGAGGGCCAGCCGGCCGAAGACGACCUCGCAGCCCGAUGGCAAGCAGAACUCGAUGACGAUGAUGAUUUACUAUUUGAAGAUGAAUCGGCCGGAGGAUCGCAGGAACCCAGUUUUCAAGAAUUACUUGGUAAUUCUGCUCCUGCUGCUCAAACAAGCCUCUCAAGUCCCUUCGGUACACCAGAUAAUUCGGUCAGACCCAGAGCGCAGCAAAGGUCCUACGUGCCACACCAGCCAUCUACGUCUGACUUGCUCCAGGGAAUUCCCGCAAUGACUCCCCGGGAUGGCUACUUCGCGCAACAAUCACGUCCGACUGAGGCAACCAAGAAAGCUGAGAGUUUCGCUGAGCGUGCCAAGGAAGGUUACAGAUCACCUUAUGAUCUUCCAGAGGCUCUUACUCGCCCUCGUCGGCCUAUUGUUACCAACAAAACUGUCAUUUCUCAACCGGGAGUUCCGCCGCCGCCGCCGCGAAGCAAUAGCCUUCCAGUCCCUCCACCGAAAGCGCCGGGUUCGACACCUUCGAUUCCGACACCGUCAACCAACGCGGCAUCCACCGCUAUUCCACCUGCACCGAAGAAUUUCUUUGAGGAACUGCCUCUACCACCGCCUCGCGCACCUCCUCGCCCGGCUAGCACGGGGCGAUACACACCGGGCCCCAAUUCAGUGCCAGCAACGGCAUCUCCCUCAGCGCCUGCGCCGCCGGUCAAUCCGUAUGCUAGUGCUCCUCCCGUGCCUCAACCGGCGGUCGAUUUUCAGCCUCAGUCUCUUUUACAACAACCCGAAAGAGUAGACCCGUAUGCGAGCUUGUUGACCCCAAGUGCUCCUAGCGGCACAGCUGCAGCUCCUGCUACUUCGAGGUAUUCGCCGAAGCCACCAAAUCUACAAAAUGGAAUCAAGCCACCGGCCUCUCCCAGAUACUCUCCGGCACCCCCUCCAUCAAGUGCUCCCCCACCUCCUCGCAAUCGUUAUGCUUCUCAGGCUCCUAUCAACCCUGGCCAAUCUGUCACCCUUCCAUUUCAACCCCGUACAUCCAGCCCUCUGGCCCAUCAUGAGAAGGUCUCUUAUCGUCCCCAGGAGGGGUUGGAAAAGCGCUCAUCCUUGGACCAGUCGGCUUUUCCUCCUGCCAUUGACGUUCAAUCUGAACCUGAGUCUGCCGCCAACCCACUUUUCACACCGGGUGAAACCGCUAUUGAAGCUACAAUCACAGGCCUUGAUGUAAGUGGCGAGAAAGUGAGCAUGCAGCCAACGUCACCUCCCAGGAAUCAAUAUGCUCCACCUGAGUAUGUCAACCAAUUCGCUCAGCGGAUCGCUCCAGCUGCUCAGGACAAUGCACCGCAAGUUCCUUCCGCCACGAUUGAAGAGACUCCCUUGUUCCCUCCCCGUAGAUCAAUGACACAAUCACCCGGUCAACAAGCGCUUGGCCCUCGAUUGUCUGUACCCUCAGUUGACCCUCUCCAGAGGCCUGCAUCAGUUCAUGGUCCUGCCUCACCUACUAAAGCCGUGAACCCAUACGCACCAGCGCAAACCUCUGCACACAAUCGCGUCGCCUCUCAGCAGCUGGACUUUAUUCCCCCGACCGAUGAUCAGCAGUAUGAUCCUCUCGAACGGUGGAAGGGAGCACCGAUAGUCAAAUUUGGAUUUGGCGGUACAGUUCUGUCCUGUUUCCCAAAGCAUGUACCCCGAUAUGCCGCUGGCCAAGCGGCCCCAAGGAUCAAGCCAAGCCCUGGCGAGUUGAAAACAAGCCAAUUCAAUGAUUGGAUCCCGCCCACGGAGAGCAUUGUUCGGCAUCCUGGACCUCUCAAGUCCAAAUCUAAGAAGAAGGACCUUCUUGCCUGGCUAUCGAGCAAGAUAGCCGCAUUCGAGAAUGAAGGUAUUCCGGAGAGUGCCCGAUCACUUCCCGACGGUCACAAGCGCUACGACGAGAAGGUACUACUGUGGAAGAUCAUUCGGAUAAUGGUCGAACAUGACGGUUUGCUGGAGGGCUCAGCUGAGAUUCAGAAGUCUUUGCGCGGUGUUAUUCUUCCUCAUUUACCAACUGGCGAGACAGACGAGAGCUUUGAACCAGGUUUCCAGUCUUUCAACGCUGCUCCACCCGCCGACAUGCCAUCUCGCCCAGAUGCGGUCAAUGGUCAAGCUAUCGGGGCACUGCGCAACAAUCUUCUCCUCGGCGAGCGCGAAAAAGCCGUCUGGGCUGCAGUAGAUAGUCGUCUAUGGGGUCACGCCAUGUUAUUAGCGUCAACUAUGGACCGCUCAGUCUGGAAGCAGGUCGUGCAAGAAUUUGUUCGACGUGAAGUUAGAUCGACUUCCGGAGGUACUGAAUCCCUUGCAGCUCUUUACGAGAUCUUCGCCGGAAAUAUCGAGGAGAGCGUAGAUGAACUGGUUCCCCCAUCAGCACGAGCUGGCUUGCAAAUGGUCAGUAAGGUUGACGGGCAUGGGUCUUCCAGAAACGCUCUGGAAGGCUUGGAAAGCUGGCGAGAAACACUCGGACUCGUGCUAUGCAACCGCAGUACAGAGGACCAUCAAGCUCUUUUGGCCCUCGGGCGGCUACUUUCAAGCUAUGGCCGGACAGAAGCUGCACAAAUAUGCUUUAUAUUUUCCCGAGCUGCAGUGUUUGGUGGUAUUGACGAUCCUCAAACGAGCAUUGUUCUCUUGGGGGCUGACCAUCAGCGGUCGUCUACCUCUCCGCUACAUGACGAAGACUGCAUUCUGCUUACCGAAGCCUAUGACUACGCCAGCUCCGUUCUCUCGGCCUCCCCUAAGCCGCCGCUUCCCCAUCUCCUGGCGUAUAAAUUGGUCCAUGCCUGGUCUCUCGCCGACCGUGGCCGCAAGACAGAAGCUCAGCAGUACUGCGAUGCCAUCGCAGCAACUGUCAAAGCAACAACGAAGACUUCGCCAUACCACAACCAGUAUUUGUACAACGGUGUUGACGAGCUUUCCGCGCGCCUGAAGCAGUCGAGCAGCGAUGCGGGAUCGUCGUGGAUUUCAAGACCCAGCAUGGAGAAGGUUUCCGGGUCAAUGUGGGCCAAGUUCAAUAGUUUCGUUGCUGGCGAAGACAAUGAUACUGCAUCCACGGAUCCUGCAAAGUGUGGUGAGGCAGAUAUUGGUCCCUUUGCCAAGAUUGCCGGCACGCCUACUGUGAGUCGCUCGCCUUCUAUGUCGGACAUCUACGGCGUGCAGCCAAGUCACGGCACUGCUCCUUCGCGUUAUUUGCCAAAUAAUCAGUACGCUCCGACAUCUUCACCUGAGCAAUUCCGUGGCAGAUCGUCUCUUGACUCCCAGCGAUCGUCCUCUUACAAUUUUGGUCUUGCGCAGCGACGGGGCUCGCAGGAGCCUUCGACGCCGGUUGAUAACGGCCCGUAUCAAGCGGGAAUGUUUUAUAAUUCCCCUCCAUCAAAUGCAGGCUAUCAGCAGACACCCCCUCAGACCUCGUAUAUUCCUCUGGCCCCUGUCGAGGAAGAUCUAGUGUCUCAGCCCUCGGCUAAAGCUCCGUUUACUUCGGGUCCAGCUUCCCCUAAUAUGGUCUCUCCCUAUCAACCUCCUGGGUAUGGAUCAUUUGGCCAACCGCUCCACGAGACCCCUUCGGCUGUCUCUCAACCAGGUGAAGGUGGCUACAUGCCUCCUGCUAGUGGCGGCGGCUAUGAGCCUCCCGCGACAACCAAUGUUGCUCCUGAAUCGGAAAAGCCAGAAGAGGAUGAACAGGACGAGCCGGCGAAGAAGAAGAAGUCAUUCAUGGACGAAGACGACGAUGAUGAUAUAGCUGCCCGGGCCGCUGCAAUUCAGAAAGCGGAAAAGGCACGCAAAGAUCGUGAAGCAGAUGACGCCUUCCGAAAGGCAGCAGAGGCCGACGGUAAGUUAGCAUAAUGCUCUCCCCUAAUUCAUUGGACCGCUUGACUUAUAAGUUUGCCCUAGCUAAACGGGCUGCUCCGGCUAAGAAAGGGUGGUUUGGA